AAUAAUCAGUCGUAGGAUCCAUUUGCUUUCAGUGUGCCAUGGAUUCUAUUCUCCAAUUCACUGUGAUUUUUCUGAUCGUGUCGCUCACUUUCUACUACAUUUUGGGUAGAAGCUGGAAGACUAAGAGUGGUGGGACGAGCAAGAAAUUAGCUCCCGAACCUGAUGGCGGAUUGCCGAUCAUCGGCCAUCUCAAACUACUUGGCGGAGAUGAGGUCCUUCAUCGAAAACUCGGGAGACUGGCUGAUAAGUACGGGCCGGCUUUUACACUCCGUCUGGGGCAUAGCCAUAUUGUUGUGUUAAGCCGGUGGGAAGAAGCCAAGGAGUGUUUCACGACCAACGACAGAUGUCUCUCCUCGCGCCCCUUGUGGACAGCCCCCAAGCUCCUGGGCUACAACUAUGCCAUGUUGGGGUUCGCACCCUACGGCAACUACUGGCGCGAGGUGCGGAAGAUUGCAACCUCGCAUCUCCUAAAACCCCUCAGGGUUGAUUUUUUCAAAGAUGUGUGGGAGUCGGAGAUCCGCGAAGGAGUAAGGGUACUGUACAAGCAGUGCACGAGCGACCAUGCUCAAAAAGUGCCCAUCAACAUAUCAGAGUGGUCAGCGGAUACGAUGACGAACGUAAUUGUUAGAAUGGUUGCUGGAAAGCGCUACUUUGCCUUCUCUGGCGAAUACCCAGAGGGCGAAGCUAGGCAGCUCCAGAAGGCCUUCAGGCGUCUUGUCGAGUUGGCAGGUGCCAUCGUGAUCUCAGAUGCAGUUCCCUUCCUCGGGUGGAUGGAUAAUUUCCUUGGGCAGACGAAGGGGAUGAAGCAGGUAAUCGAGGAGCUGGAUGUUGUUAUGGAGCAGUGGCUCGACGAGCAUCGCCAGGACCUCAAGAGAAGGGUGAAAAGCGAGGACGAGGAGGACCUAUUCGAUAAGAUGCUUUCCCUCCAGGAGAAAGGGCAGCUCAUGAGUGACCCAUACAGUCCAGAUAUCUGCAUUAAGGCGACAUGUCUGGAAAUUAUGAUAGAUAGUUUCGAAACAACAGCGAUCAUGUUGACUUGGGCCAUGGCAUCCCUCAUGAACCAUCCUGAAGCCCUCAAGAAGGCCCGGGCAGAGCUGGACUCCAUCGUGGGUCGUGACCGUUUGGUUGAUGAUUCUGAUAUCCCUAAGCUUCCAUAUCUACAGGCAGUAGUCAAAGAAACCGCCCGCCUGUACCCUUCUGGUCCACUCUUGUGCCCACGGGAGGCCACUGAGGAUUGCACCGUGGCAGGGUACUAUAUCUCAAAAGGCACUCAAAUUAUAGUGAAUGCGUGGAAGCUUCAACAUGACCCGAGGGUCUGGAAAGAGCCAUUUGAAUUCCGUCCCGAGAGAUUUCUCACCAACCACUCUCAUGUGGAUAUAAUAGGCCAGAACUACGAGUUCCUCCCUUUCAGUUCAGGGAGGAGGUCGUGCCCUGGCAUGUGGUUGGGUUAUAGACUCGUUCAAUUGUCACUUGCCCGUCUCCUUCAUGGGUUCGAUCUCGUGAAUCCAACCAAUAAACCGAUUGACAUGGCUGAAGCUCCGAGCCAAACCCUUGCCAAAGCCAUUCCAGUAGAGAUAAUAUUGAUUCCUCGUUUGGACACUGGUGUGUAUGCUGUCUAAGGUAUUACAUGAUAAAUGUUUUCAACCUUUUCUUUUUUUUCUUUUGGUUUGUUGCGUUUGAAAGUUGUGGGGACGAAUGUUAUUUUAGAUUAUUCUGGUAAACUAGUUUGGGGAUAACUAUUUGUAAAGAAAUUACUUCCGAAAAGUAGGAUGUUUUGUUGUGGCGUAUGCACUCACCACUUUAUCCAUUUACAUUUCGAGUUUGAUUAUCAUAUUAGAACUAUGCGUGUCACUUUAUCCA